AUGGAGCGAGAGGAAGAAGCGAGUGGCCCGAUGAUGGAGAUGUGCACUAACGGAAGCGAAGAGACGUCUAAUCGAAGACCCAUUAUAAGUGGCGAACCGCUCGACAUCGAGGCUUACGCGGCGCUCUACAAAGGUCGCACGAAGAUCAUGCGUCUUCUCUUCAUCGCUAACCAUUACGGAGGAAACCAGACGGUUCAGCUUGAAGCGUUGAGGAUGGCUUACGAUGAGAUCAAGAAGGGAGAGAAUACGCAGUUGUUUAGAGAAGUGGUCAAUAAGAUUAACGGGAGGCUUGGGGAAAAGUAUGCGAUGGAUUCGUCCUGGUGUGAAACUGUCGAUCGUCGUGCUGAACAGAGGAAAGGAAAACUGGAGAAUGAGCUCAGUUCGUAUCGGACAAAUCUGAUCAAGGAAAGCAUUAGAAUGGGUUAUAAUGACUUUGGGGACUUCUACUAUGCUUGUGGUUUGCUCGGGGAUGCUUUCAAGAACUAUAUUCGAACACGAGACUACUGUACCACAGCAAAGCACAUUAUUCACAUGUGUAUGAAUGCGAUUCUUGUCAGCAUCGAGACGGGACAGUUCACUCAUGUCACAAGCUACGUUAACAAGGCAGAGCAGAAUCCAGAAACCCUUGACCCUAUUAUAGCUGCGAAACUAAGAUGUGCUUCCGGAUUGGCUCACUUGGAGCUGAAGAAGUAUAAGCUCGCUGCUCGUAAGUUUUUGGAUGUUAAUCCAGAACUUGGAAAUUCCUAUAACGAGGUCAUUGCUCCUCAAGAUGUUGCCACCUAUGGAGGACUUUGUGCCCUUGCUAGCUUUGAUCGAUCAGAAUUGAAGGCAUUUAUCCUUUUUAGCUUUUUAUCUUUCUUUGCAAAAGUCAUUGACAAUAUCAACUUCCGGAAUUUCUUGGAGCUAGUGCCUGAAGUGAGGGAACUUAUCAACGAUUUUUAUUCAAGCCGCUAUGCGUCCUGUCUUGAACAUCUAGGAAAUCUCCGAGCGAAUCUGCUGCUGGACAUCCAUCUUCAUGAUCACGUUGACACGCUGUAUGACCAGAUAAGGAAGAAGGCACUGAUCCAGUACACUCUGCCGUUUGUGUCUGUUGAUUUGAGCAGGAUGGCUGAUGCAUUCAAGACCAGCGUCUCUGGUCUGGAGAAGGAACUCGAAGCCUUGAUCACCGACAACCAGAUACAGGCACGGAUUGAUUCACACAACAAAAUCCUCUACGCAAGACACGCUGAUCAGAGGAGUGCAACUUUCCAAAAGGUACUUCAGAUGGGAAAUGAAUUCGAUAGAGAUGUCAGGGCAAUGAUGCUGAGAGCCAACAUUCUUAAACAUGACUAUCAUGCCAAAACUACCACCAACAAAAAACAUUGA